AUAUAGUUAACUAAUAUAAUUAUUAUAAAAUAUAGGUUAAAUAUAGAAACAUGAAAGCUGCAGCAAUGUCCGUGUGGGUUUUUAUUAACCUAUUAUGUUUUGGUAUGUGUGGUUAUUUAUAUUUAAUCUGGUCACAAUAUUGGAUGAAUAUCGAAAGACAAAGACUGUUCAACAAAACACCAAGCAAUCCGCAACGCUACAAUGGUCAGGAUUUAAUGUACCAGCAAACAUACUCUGAAAAACAUAGCACAAACUCAAUAACUUAUUCUAGAGAAAAUGAUGACGGACAUAAGAAUAGAAGAUCUAUCGUGGCUAUGAAGAAUAAUGCGAAAUUGUAUCAGGCUUCUGGUACGCAAGUUCGACCGUCUGCAAACGUUGUAGUGAAAAGUGGAAGUCCACGAUUUCCGAAUAUACAUAAACCUAUCUUAGAGUUUGAUAGCGAAAAAUACGUUUGUGACGAUUACUUGACGACUGAGUGCGAGACACGAACUGCUGAAUUCAGAACUUUGUUAUUAAAAGAGUUUCAUAGGGUUUUAAUGAGUGAAAGCAAAGUCUUCACAUCAGGAUUAAAUUCUCAGAAUCAGUACGAUGUGCAUUAUGAAAGGGGGAGUUGGAAGGAACCAACAAAGAAGGAUAUACUAUGCGCUUUAGCGGGUGUUUCUGUUAGAACUGUUACAGCAGAAGACGAGCCUUUCAAGAGACUUAAUUAUAAUAUACCCAAGGAGCCAUUACAACAGCAUCGGUCAUUCAACACAUGUGCUGUAGUGACUUCUGCAGGGUCAUUAUUGGGCUCGCACUUAGGCGAUUUUAUAGAUUCACAUGAUAUGGUGCUAAGAUUUAACAACGCCCCUACCGAAAACUACACCGGAGACGUCGGUUCAAAGACAACGUUCCGCGUCUUGAACUCUCAGGUCGUUACAAAGCCCGAAUUUAAAUUCUUAGAGGAUACCUUAUACAAAAACGUUUCAAUAAUAAUAUGGGACCCGGCAAACUAUUCAUCAACUUUGGACGAAUGGUAUCAUCACUCCGACUUUCCUCUUUUUCCUGUUUACAAAAGAUUACUUGAAAUACGGCCAAAAGCUGACGUACAUUUACUACAUCCUAAUGUGUUGUGGAGUUUAUGGGCGGUGUUGCAGAACUCGUCAUCUUAUCGUCUCAGGAGGAACCCGCCAUCUUCUGGUUUCAUUGGUGUUUGGUUCGCGCUGCACCGGUGCGGUCGCGUACGCGUGUUCGAGUAUGUACCAUCGAGCAGAGCCACGCGCCGUUGCCAUUACCACGCCCCCCGCGCAGACCCCGCCUGCACCCUUGGCGCCUGGCACCCGCUCGCACAGGAGAAGGCCCUCGCUGAAGCAAUACGAGAUAAUUCCGAUAUCGAUGUCUUUCAAAGAGGCUUCAUAGAUAUCCCAGGAGUUAACACAAUCAAUUGCAAUAAUUAA